GCCACCGCUCACCCCUCAAUGACUUCCAGCGCCUGCGAGCCACUGAGCUGCUGGCAGUGCCCACGGACCCGCCGCCGCCGCUGCCAGAGAAAGGCUCUCCAGAGAAGGGCUCUGCAGAGCAGUGUGCCCAGCGCUGUGCCACCAGCCUGUCUUGCCGAGCUUUCCACCAUGACCAGCAGAGUCAGCUGUGCCAGCUGCUGCCCUGGACCCAACACUCACCCCGCAUCCAGCUGCAGAAAAACAUCCGUUAUGACCUGUACCAGAAGAAAGACUACCUGCGGGACUGCAUUGUGGGCAACGGCUCUGGCUACCGUGGCACGCGGGCCACAACGGAGAAGGGGCUGCGCUGCCAGCAUUGGCAAGCCAUGACACCGCAUGACCAUAGGUUCCUGCCAUCGCCCCGCAAUGGGCUGGAGGAGAAUUACUGCCGAAACCCUGACCAGGACAAGCGGGGCCCAUGGUGUUACACCGUUGAUCCCAAUGUCCGACACCAGAGCUGUGGCAUCAAGAAGUGUGAGGAUGCUGUCUGCAUGACUUGCAAUGGGGAGGACUACCGUGGCACUGUGGACCACACGGAAUCAGGGUUGGAGUGCCAGCGCUGGGACCUGCAGCACCCGCACAAGCACCCCUACAACCCCAACAAGUACCCCGACAAGGGAUUGGAUGACAACUACUGCCGCAACCCUGACAGCUCUGAGCGGCCCUGGUGCUACACCACUGACCCCAGGCGGGAGCGGGAGUACUGCCGCAUCCGCAUCUGCAUAGAAAAACGCCCACGGUCUGUCAACAUCACCACGGGCUGCUUCAGGGUCUACCGGGGCCGGGUGAAUGUCACUGUGUCAGGGAUCCCCUGCCAGCGCUGGGAUGCCCAGGUGCCCCACAAGCACCACUUCAUGCCUGAGAAGUACCCGUGCAAGGACCUGCAGGAGAACUACUGCCGCAACCCCGAUGGCUCAGAAGCACCCUGGUGCUUCACUUCCCGCCCCACCAUCCGUGUCGCCUUCUGCUUCCACAUCCGCCGCUGCCCUGAUGAGCAGGAUGCCCAAGAGUGCUACCAUGGCCAUGGCAAGCACUACCACGGCCACAUCAGCAAGACACGCAAGGGCAUCACCUGCCAGCCUUGGGCUGCCCAGACACCCCAUGUGCCCCAGAUCUCGCCCAUCAGCCACCCUGAGGCACACCUGGAAGAGAACUACUGCCGCAACCCUGACAAUGAUAGCCAUGGCCCCUGGUGCUAUACCAUGGACCCCCGCACUCCCUUUGACUAUUGCGCCAUCAACCCCUGCUCUGGCAGCAAGGUGCCCUCCAUCCUGGAGAAUGCAGAAGUGGUGACGUUUGAACAGUGUGGCAGGCGGGAUGAGAAGCUGCAGCUGAAGGGGCGCAUCGUUGGUGGUCAGCCCGGCAACUCACCCUGGACUGUCAGCAUCCGCAACCGGGCUGGCGUGCACUUCUGCGGAGGGUCCUUGGUGAAGGAGCAGUGGGUGAUCAGCACACGCCAGUGCUUCUCCUCCUGCGACGCUGACCUGAUGGGAUACGAAGUGCAGCUGGGCACUCUCUUCAAGGACCCUGGCCCUGGGGACCCCAACCAGCAGACCAUCUCCAUUGCACGGAUUGUCUGUGGCCCCUCUGAGUCCCAGCUGGUGAUGCUGAAGCUGGCAAAGCCAGCCACUCUGAACAAGCGCGUGGCCCUGAUCUGCCUACCGCCUGAGGCCACUGUCUGUGAGAUCGCUGGCUGGGGGGAAACCAGAGGCACAGGGAACAGCAGCAGGCUGAACGUGGCACAGCUGCCAGUGCUGGCCCAUAGCGAAUGCAACAAAGCACUGCGUGGUCGCCUGAAGGAGAGUGAGCUGUGCACUGCCCCACUGCAUGCUGGUGUGGGUGCCUGUGAGGGGGAUUACGGGGGACCUCUGGCUUGCCUCACUGCUGACUGCUGGGUGCUGGAGGGGGUGAUAACUCCUUCCCGUGUCUGUGCCCGCACCGACCAACCUGCCCUCUUCAUCCGUGUUUCCCUCUAUGUCGACUGGAUCUACAAGGUGAUGAAGAUGGGCUGA